AUGAAGCGUUUUACUGAUUUACUGGUGGUUUACGUUCUGAAACCCGUGGUCAAGUUCAUAUUCGUGAGCCUUUGGACGUUGCUGAGACCUCCUCUCGCACUACCCUUGCAUACGAGAUUGAUAAAUUGUCUUGCUCGCCUGGCACGCCCUGAGUUUAUUUCACAAUAUGCCCGUAAUGAUGGUCCUACUACCAUGGACCUUGAUGCUAUGGAAGAAAGAUUAUCCAUGCGGACCAAUUAUCGUGGACGCUCAGGCCAACGUAACAGCCGAAGUCCCACCGGCCGCCCCAAUAUGAAAUCAUGGCAACAAGGUGACCAGGAUAGCCGCAAGUGUUUUCGGUAUGGUCAAUCUGGACACCUCUGUCAUUUCUGCCCAGACAGUAUUCCUAGUACCCGCCAAUUGAACGAAGGAUGUGCCAAGACCCAAGGAUGCAAUGACCUAUCAUUCCACAUAACUGGAUUAAAAGGACUUACUGCUACCAUAAACACAUACUUGUCACUGUAUGAUGUCAUAUAUGAAGGAAAGCGUAUCUCCAUAUUAAUCGACAGUGGUGCAAGCGCAAACUAUGUGACACCAACGAUCAUUAAGCAAGCAAGCCAUGGGGUUCAAGGCUGCAAACAGUUUUCUGUUAUACGUCAAAGAAGACAUGAUCACCUUCCCCUCAAGUAUUUCUGUCCUCAGGUCACACCAACUCCACGCUUUGUCCGAUGGAUUGCCAAAUUUAAGCUGUAUGCACCAAAGAUACAGUACAAGUCUGGCAAGGAUAGUGAUGUUUCGGAUGCGGUGUCCCGUGUGAGUGAUAAUGAGAGCAAAAUUAUUGUAGUACCUGAUAAUUCCACAGAAAUCGCAGAAAAGAACAGAGCUCACUUUGCUGUUAAGAAUCACAAGAUUUAUCAAAAAGUGAAGUUAAAUGACGAUGACAUUCGUGAAGUAAUAUUCUUUUUCUUUUCUUGUCGUACCAACACUGUCCAAUUGUACCACAAGGACUUUGGUCAUUCUGAACAUUCUCUUAUGUUUGAUAUACUAAGACCUCGUCAUUGA